GGUGUGGCGGGGGCAAAACGGAUGCACUCAGUCCAGACUGGGACAACCUGCGGAGAGCACACGAGGAGGACGAGGCGAGGAAGAAGAAGAAGAAGAAGAAAAGAUGAUGAUGAUGACUGUGGACGGCAAGCAACACUUGGGCCUGCACGAGGGCGUGCGCAGAGCGUGUGUGCAAGGGCCUCAGCUCCAGGCCAAUAUAUUGGGGGGCGGCGUGGAGGAGAGCCUGCUGGCUCGGGCAGAGGCUCUGCAGGCGGCGGCUGACAGCAUCCUCGUCUCCCAGGCAAGGAGAGACGCCAGCUUCCAUACCAUGAGCGGCGUGGCCUCCUGCACCACCGCGUCCUCCUCUUCCUCCGCCGUCAUCGCCUCGCACCAUCACCAGAACUUCCAGAGCCACCAGCUGGGGCAGAGCCUGGAGGCCGGGGACCUUCUGGAGCAGCUUUCCGGCAGCCUGGGGGUGACCGUGAUGGGCGCGCCGCCUGAGCCGGGCGUGACGCUCCACCACCAGCACCCUAGCCACCACCACCACCACCACCAUCACCUCCAGACCAUGGGGCAGCUGCACCAGGCGAUGGUCGCCAUGGGCCACCCUCACCCGGCCGUGCCCGCGCACGGCGAGGUGGAGUCGGACCCGCGUGAGUUGGAAGCCUUCGCCGAGCGUUUCAAGCAAAGGCGCAUCAAACUCGGCGUGACUCAGGCGGACGUGGGCUCGGCUCUGGCCGACCUCAAGAUCCCCGGUGUGGGUUCCCUGAGCCAAAGCACCAUCUGUAGGUUCGAGUCGCUCACGUUGUCGCACAACAACAUGAUCGCGCUCAAGCCGGUCCUGCACGCCUGGCUGGAGGAGGCAGAGGCAGCGCACCGGGACAGGAGCGCCGCGCCGGAGCCGCUCGGAGGAGGGGGCGGCGGGGGGGCGGACGACGCCAGGCGGCGCAGGCGCACGUCCAUCGCCGCCCCGGAGAAGAGGUCCUUGGAGGCUUACUUUGCCAUCCAGCCCAGGCCGUCGUCGGAGAAGAUCGCCGCCAUCGCCGAGAAGCUGGACCUGAAAAAGAACGUGGUGCGGGUGUGGUUCUGCAACCAGAGGCAGAAGCAGAAGCGCAUGAAGUACUCGGCCAUGUACUGACUUUGAACGCAUCAUCAAUAAAACACCUUUGCUGCUGCUGCUGCUUCUGAUGAUGGUGACAUUGCAUUUUCAUCAACUCCUAAAAUUGAUGAUCCCGUGGGAUUAAAUUAAAACGGCAGCUCUUCACUUCUGAUACUUGGGAUUAUCUGUUCCAUUUUUCUUCAUUUUAUUGCACUUUUUUGGGGGUUCUCAAACUUUUUGGGUCCAGGGGAAAUUUUCCAAAGACCAACCUCAUAAUCUUAAUGCCAAUUGUACUUAACAUGUAUGUAGACCCCUAAAGGCCAUUGGAAUUAUUUAUUUUUGAAACGUUUCAACAUACGUAGUAAUAUUUUCCCAAUUUAGCUCAAUUGGGUGUCACAUUCGGUUAUGGUUUCCCUACUAUGAAAAUCAUAUAAAUGGUCAUAUUAUAACAUAAAUUGAACAAUUUGGUUGUCAUUAUUUUCCAUGACUUCUGAUUUCAAAUCAAAUCUAUUGUUAAAUACAUAAGGACAUUUAUGGGCAAUUGAUAAUAACAGUCAAAUAGUGGAAACCAAAUAUUUUAAUAUAAUAUUUGUACUAUAUGUUGAGAGUGGAUUUGGUGAGGGAAAUGGUAGGUAAAAAGUGAAGAAUUUUUGCAAUUUUGGUAAACCAUCUUCUGCCAAAAUGAUGAGAACAAAUCCAUUUUGCAAGAAACAUGACAGUUGUUUAGGAGGGCCAAAAAAAGUGAAGUGAUGGCCCACAUGUAACCCUUGGGCCUUGAGUUUGAUACCAUGAAGAUGUUGGCGUAUUUAAAGCUUAUAUAAAUCAUUACCAGAGCUUGUUAUUGGCUUAUUAUGUAUAUUUUAUUGGCUCGCCGGUUCUGCACUUAAAAAAAAAAAAAAAAAAAAGAUACGACUGAAUAAUUUAUCGCAAAUUAUUUCCCAGACCCCCAAACUACGACUCACGGACCCCAGUUUGAGAUCCCCUGUUUUAAAAGUAUUAAAAUGAGACUUAUUGAACACUCGAUUGUGCUGUAUAAUACUAUAAAUACACCAGACACUUUAUUUCACAUUCAGGGAUAUUAUGUCACUUUAGAAAUGAUAUCAAACAAACUGUUUUAGUGUUGAGAAUACUGAGUGCGUGUUGGUUGACAUCACUUCACUUUAUCGCAUCUAUGUACAAAUGUUACUGAAUGUAACAAAUGAAUGAUUGCUGUGUGGAUUAUUUGUGUUGAAUUAUUUAUAACACUUUCUAUAUUUUAUUACCUUUUUUUUUUUUUUUUUGGAGCAAUGUAACAAGAGUUUAUGCAUUUCUAAAAGCCAGCAGUUCUCCAGAGCACUCGCCGGUCAGUUUAUUAGGUACACCUGCCCAAUGCAAAAACAAUGCUUCAUUUUACUUGGAAUACUUCCAUUUAUUGUUGGUGGAUUAUGCAUGUGUGCCUAAUAUUGUGGCUGGCGAGUGUACAUGUGCACACACACAAGACAGCACGUCAUUGAAAGAAUUGCUGCACCUUUAAAUUUCAGUUUUUAAAAGGAAUAAAUGAUUGGUUAUUUUCUAAAAGUUGUUAUUUGUGUGACUCAUUUGAAACUUGGUAUUGGUGAUGAUAAAUAAAAAAAAAAAUUACUUUUGUAAAUGUUUAUGGAGCCCAGGCAUAUUCAUAUUUCACUUAUUCCUCCCACAUCCUCGUUAUAUGGUAUCGUUUUCGGUGAUUUUUAUAAUACUUAGGACGACCUCUUUAAUUGAUACACUUUCAAAUAUGGAUGCAGCGUCAUGACGAUGCGAUAUUAAUUAUACGUUGGAAUCAAAAUGGAGUAGAGGGGAGGGAGACGUGCAGCAUCAUAUGGUGAAGGUAUCAUUUGAUUCAUGUUUAUUAUAAAUUUUGUGUCAUUUACAGUAUAUAUUUGUUAAUGUUCUUUUUUCUUAAAUAAGCACAGAUACAUAUCAAAUAUUGCGUUCAUCGUUUUAAUGAUAAUUUUAACUGUUUUUAAAUGUUAAAACAAGAAUAGCUAAUUAUUUUUAAUCAACGGCGACAUAACCCGAAUUCGUACGUAGGCCGGAACACUAACCCACGAUAACAAAGCAGUAAUAAUCACAGCAAACAUUAGUAUGAAAAACAAUUAAAUGCCAUCAAUGUAUUGUAAAUAAAAGUUCAAAAAAAAUGCAAGCAUACCGUGCGUAACCAUAAAAUGUCGUAUGUCGGGACUGUCGUAAAUGGAGGUUUCCUUGUAGUGAUUCCUGUGCGUAUUAACAUCCUCUUUAUGAAUAUUUUAAUAUGCCAUCUAUUAUUGUAUUGUG